UUACCGCUGGACCAUAGCCAUCUCGAGAAGGAGGUUCCGGCGGAGGCAAGAGAAAGCCAGAGAGAGACAAAGGAAAGGAGGACGGUAGAAAGCGAGGAGCGAAUAGGAGCGUGGGGACCGGCAAAAGGAAGGAGAGACACAGCGCUUUGUGAAGAACAGAAAGAGAGGAACAGGAGGAGGGAGGAGUAGAGAGGAAAAAAGAGGAGGGGGAACAGGAAACGCGAUCACUUUCAGCUGCAGCCGUUCGUGUCGCAGCAUGGGCAAUGCACCAUCCCAAGCCAACGCCGGGCCCUGUUUCCCUAAGCAAGAUCCCGAGCGUGGUGGCAGUCACAUGAUCUCGACAGAUGACUUGGAGUAUCCUCGUGAGUACCGGACACUGGGAAACAGUGCGCGGCGCUUCUCCAACGUGGGCCUGGUGCAUACAUCAGAACACCGCCACACUGUCACCGCUGCCCAGAGUCUGGAGGCCCUGACCAACCUGCACAAGGUGGACAUGGAGCGCAAGAGGGAUGCGUUCAUGGACCACUUGAAGAGCAAGUACCAACAGCAACAGCAGCAGCAGCUGCAGCAUCCACACCACAGUCCCCACCACAACCCACCAUCACCCUCGCCUUCCCACGCCAGCAUGAGGGGCACGUCAGAGCGGUCAGCACGAGAACAGCAACAACCCAACUACUGGAGCUUUAAGAGCCGCAGCCCAAAACAUUCCCAGUCUACCCAGUCUGGGCUUGCCGACCAGGCUGCCAAGCUUUCCUUUGCCUCCGCUGAAUCCUUGGAGACCAUGUCAGAAGCAGACAUUCCCCUUGGUUUCAACCGGAUGAAUCGAUUUCGCCAGAGCCUGCCGCUGUCCCGCUCUGCCAGCCAGAAUAAGCUACGAUCUCCAGAUGAAUUUGCAGGCGUGCUGUUCCUGCAGUUUGGAGAUGAGACACGGCGGGUGCACAUCACCCAUGAGCUGAGCAGCCUGGACACGCUGCAUGCUCUCAUCGUGCACAUGUUCCCUCAAAAGUUGACAGCAGGUAUGCUGAAGUCACCCAACACGGCCAUCUUGAUCAAGGAUGAGGCCCGUAACGUUUUCUAUGAGCUGGAGGAUGUCCGGGACAUUCAGGACCGCAGCAUCAUCAAGAUUUACCGAAAAGAACCCAUUUACGCUUCUUAUCCUGCUGCGGCACACCUGGCUAAUGGAGACCUGAGGAGGGAAAUGGUGUAUUCCUCCCGUGAAUCUUCCCCAACUCGCCGCCUCAACACCCUUCCUUCCUCAUCGGCCUCAGCGUCUUCUGGCUCUCCUUCCCGCUCUCGCCUCUCCUACAGCAGUGGCCGCCCUCCCUCCUUCUCUGGUUCCCACCCGCAGCAUGAGCAGCCUAGGCAUCCCCACCAUCCUUCAGCUGGCCAUGCUGCCAAUGCGGGCCUGUCUCCUUCAACCAGUGCCAUACUGGAGCGCCGCGAUGUCAAACCUGAUGAAGAAGUUUCUGCAAAAAACAAGGCGCUGAUGAAGAGCGAGGGGUUGUAUGCAGAUCCGUACAGCCUGAUGCACGAGGGCCGCCUCAGCAUUGCCUCAACUCAGUCAUUAGCUGCCAUUGGAGAUCCCUUCAGCUUCCCUGUUACAACCGGUCUGUAUCGCCGUGGUUCUGUACGCUCCCUCAGCACCUAUUCUGCUGCUGCUCUUCAAGGGGACCUGGAGGACUCCUUCUACAAGCCUGGAGGUUCUUUGUACUCUGACACUUACUCCUCUGCCACCCUAGGCAUGGGUUUUCGCAUGCCUCCCUCAUCCCCACAAAAAAUCCCCGAUAUGCAGUUGAGGGACAGGGACUCAUAUUCCAGCACACCCAGGGCCUCACCUGUCAGGCAGACUUUUCGCAAGGACUCUGCCUCCUCUGUGUUUGUAGAGAGCCCAAAGUCACGACCGAGCUCUGGUUCAGAUCCUCUGUGUCUCACAGCCGGACCUGGGGAGGGCAACAGGGCUGGUUUUGGUUCAUUAUCUGGACAAGACGCAGAAACAAGCAGGGAUCAUCGCCUGGAACGUAUGGAGGCCAUGGAAAAGCAGAUAGCCAGCCUAACUGGUUUGGUCCAGAGUGUGUUGACCAGAGCGCCAGACAGUGACAGCACAUGCGGCCUGCUGCGUCUCUGCAUGAUGGCUGGCUGCCCUCCAGACCAAGGGACGGAGUUUUCACGGCCAUUACCUUUCUCUUCCAGCGAGAAGACUGAAACCAACAGUGAUGGCUCCGCCACAGGAACUGGACGGCUGAAGCAGAAAGCUAAUACACCGUCGGCACCUCUGGCUCUGAUGCCACCACCCCCCUCUAACACAACCCCAGUGAACAGUGUCGGUCGCUUGCAGUUGAAGCUCCAUCUGCACGGUCUGCAGCAAAAUGCCACGGACCUGCGGAAACAGCUCUCUCAGCUACGCAAGAUGCAGUUAGAAAACCAGGAUUCAAUCAGAACCCUUCUCAGACGAACGGAGGCGGAACUGAAUGUGCGCGUGGCAGAUGCCGUGAGGAAGCAGGAAGAUCCUCUGCAGAGACAGCGCCUCCUUGUGGAGGAGGAAAGACUCAAGUACCUCAAUGAGGAGGAGCUCAUCAUCCAGCAGCUCCACGACCUGGAGAAGUCAGUGGAGGAGAUCCAGAAGGAGUCGUCUGUCAACCACAAGCUGGUGACGGUGCAAGAGCUGGAGGAGAAGGCCACUGUUCUGAGAAAGCUGGGAGAAACACUCACAGAGCUAAAAAAUCAGUUCCCAGGCCUGCAGAGUAAGAUGCGGGUGGUGCUGCGAGUGGAGGUGGAAGCUGUCAAAUUCCUUAAAGAAGAGCCACACAGACUUGACGCCCUGUUAAAACGCUGCAAGACAAUAACCGACACCCUCGCCACGUUGCGCAAACAAGCAAAUGAAGGGGUUUGGAAGAAGCAAGAUGACUUUUCUAAUCCUUCAUCAAAGCACAACGACGACUUGCGAAAGUUGUCAGACUUUGACAUUCCCACCAGCCCACUAACCAUAAAUGACCUUGGAGGAGGCAACAGUCUCUCUAACUGGAGCCCCCACUCCAGCCUCAGUCGUGGUCUUGGGAAUCCAUCCGGCCCUCAUAAGGACAAUCAUCCUCCUGUUCCCCACAAAGGAAAAGCACUUGAGGAGCUGGAGCGCCGUUCUGUAGCUGACAAAGCUUUGUCAAUGGAAGUGCGAUUGGCAGCAGAGCGGGACUGGGAGGAGAAGCGAGCCAGUCUUACCCAGUACAGUGCCCAGGACAUCAACCGGCUUCUGGAGGAGACCCAGGCUGAGCUCAUGAAGGCCAUUCCAGACCUGGACUUUGCUGCCAAACAGAUCAAGCCCUCCUCUAACGCACCUUCCACCCAGACAACACCCCAAAGUGGGGCAGCAACUCUAGAGCACCGCACCAACAAGCCUCAACACAAGCUCUCUGCAAAAGAGGGGGGUUCCAGGCGUGGUUCUGAUGAGCUGACAGUACCUCGGUAUCGCACAGAGAAGCCCUCUAAGUCUCCCCCACCUCCUCCACCUAGACGCAGUUUCCCCUCUUCCCCAGGACUCACCACACGUAGUGGAGAGAUGCUGGUUCCAGGAAAAAGCAUAAAGAAAUCUGAAUCUGAAGAGGCUGAACUUCAAAAGCCUCACAUAAAAUUGAGGAGGACUGUGUCCGAAAACCCCCGUCCAGCAUCCACACCUCCAACACUGGCCUCUGGAGAAAAAGGAGAAGAGGUGGAGAAAAUUGCUGCUGAACUGGAGCUGUUUGAGAGAGCCCCGCUCAGGGUAUCUCGACCCCCUUCCUUUUCCCUGCCUGUAAGCCCAUGCGGCAGGAAAAGCGAACCCCCCUCCAGACUGGACCUGUGGCCUCCAGAGGCCUCAGGUACAACUGAGGGAAGGUACUUGUCUCCUGUCCCCCACAUCGUGUUGACGGAGUGUUUACCGACUUCGCCCUCAACUCUAGAGGAUCCUGUCAGAGACUUAGCAAAUGACCAUAUAGAGGAGACGCCAACAGAAGACAGUACAGAUCAUGACAAGAUCCUCAAGACUUCUAUUUCAAGGGAAAGACAUUCAAAAGGAAGUGAAUCUCUUCCUCAGCAAGAGCUGUGCGUUUUAAAUAGAGAUUUCAAACAGGAAGUUGCCCUCCUUUUGACAGACCUGGAGAUGAGGGUGGUGUCUCCUGGUGAGGCCCAAGAACUCAUGACUACGGGGAAAAUUCUGCAAACUUUAACUAUCUCACCACAGACUCAAAAAGUCUCUGAAGCUGAGCUGAGGGAACGGCCUGUCCUUGUGCUCUUCUGGAAAGAAAAAACUGCUGCAGAAGCCUACAAACUACUACUCUCUCUCCUGGAAUGGCCCAAACCAGUUCCCAAACCUAGAAUAAAAUCCUCUCACCACCCAGUCCAGCAGAGCUUACUGAUGGAGGCUCUGAGGAAAGGGAUAGAGUCAGGGGAAAGCAGGCUUACUUUUAAGCACGCAACAGAAAUUAAGAUGCAACAGAGCACUCUGGAGUCCAAUGGCAGCUCAGUGAGCAACCUCACCAAUCAGAGGAGAGCAACACAAGAUGUCCGACUCAAUGCCUACAAGAGGCUGGACAGCUUAGAAGAAACUAUUAGAGAGCUGGAGAACACCUUAAUAGAGAUCAGUGGGCAUCCCACUGCUGAGCUGUUCUACACUGAAACAACCAGCAGAAGUACUCCUGCACAGAGAACUGGAGGUCUGACGUUGGAGACCAAGAAGCCACCAGUCCCACCAAAACCCACAUCAACUUUCAGCCCAGGAUCAAUCCAGGGAGGAAAUAAUUCCAGUGUUGGUAAGGUUGCACACUCUUCAGCUGCAUCUAAACUGAAGCAUCUGCAGCAGAACAGCACAGACAAAACUAAAAGUGGCAAGAAAGAGGAGUUAAUGAAGACCCAGGGCCAGCAGCAGCAGUGAGUGACCUGUCCAGCCUCCUUCUCCUCCUGUUCACCUGAUCACAGAGAUGCACACACCUAUCAGCCCUCUUUUCUUUACCAGCUCCUUUCACAUCUCCAGUUUUAAAAUGUGCUCCAAAUCCCACUCUGUGCAUUUGUAGAUGAGAGUGAGUAUGUAUGUGUGUGCAAGCAUGCUUGCACAGGCAUGUCUGAGUGUAAUGGUACAGGAAGGUACUGUAGGGAACUGUGCCCACAACCAAUUUUAAGGCUUUAAUUUUUCAUGAUUUCCCAUUUUGACCCCUGAAAACCUCAUUUCUUCGCG